AUGACUGUCAAAACUGAAACAUCAAAAUCAGCUGAGGGCGAGAAAAUCGCAACUCCUAUACCUGAUCCCAAACCAAAAGAACAAACUCCAGAAGAACCAAAUACAAAAAAAAAUGAUAAUAAGGGAGAACUUUUAAAUGAUGAAAAUCAUAUUAAUGGACAAACUAUUAUUUCACGUGGACUUAGUGGACGCGUUAAAUGGUUUAAUGUUGUAAAUGGAUAUGGUUUUAUAAAUAUUGAUGAUGACAAAGGUGAUAUUUUUGUUCAUCAUACAGCAAUUAUUAAAAAUAAUCCCAAUAAACAUUUGAGUUCUCUUGCUGAUGGUGAAGAGGUUAAAUUUGAUGUUGUUUCAGGAAGAAAAGGACCUGAAGCAGCAAAUGUUACUGGACCAAAUAAUACUCCGGUAAAAGGAUCUGUUCAUGCUGAUUAUCCUCAUAAGUUAAGAAGACAAAUGAGAGCUAAUAAAAAAUUUUAUAAAAAAUUAAAGAAUGAAAAAGAUGAUAAUGAGGGUGAAAAAAAAAAUGAUCAACCAUCGGAAAAUAAAACUGAAAAUAAGGAGAAAACGUCUCGUCAACGUAAUACAAAUUCAAGAAAUUAUAGAAAAAAACCUGAAGAAGGUGGACAAAAAACUGAAGUUAAACAAAGACAAUAUAAUAAUGAACAAAGAUCAUUCCAAAAUAAUGGUCCAAGACGUGGUGGACCACCAGGAAGAGGUCGUAAAAGUGGUAUGAAACGUGGACAAUCAAAUAAUGCACCACAAAAAUUGUAA